UAUGAAAACAAGCAAUGACAAAACAAAUAGACGGAAAUGUUUUCAAUAUACGACUUUGAUAAUUAAUAUAAUAUUAAACCGAGAUUUCUUCGCUUGGCAACGUAGACCUUGCUUUUCACAUUAGUAUUAAAUGCCAAAUAUAAAGUAAUUUGUUAAAAAAAAAAAAUCUUCAGAGAAAAAUAAUGUUAAUAGAAUUGAAUCUUCAAAAUUUAACGCAAAUCUUCUGGACCAUAAUUUUUCUAUUAAAUUUGUAUGUAGUAUUGUUGUUGUAUCGCAUGUCAAAAAUAUACCGUUCCGAGAGGAGAAUUAAAUUACUUGAGGUCGCCAACAUCAAGGAGCACAUCGAAUUUAUGGGUAGUCGUCCGGAAAAGUCCACAUCGUCUGCCUUCUCAGCAACGGGCAAUUUCACGACACGCAGCCGCUUUUUCGAACAAUUCUUAGACUCGGAACCGUCACAGCUGCGCACAUGCAUGCAAAUACGUUCCAACUUCCGUUCGAACUCCUCAACUACAGCUGUCGAUGAAGAUCCCGAUGAACAGCGCGAACAACGCCUAAGAACACAUAAGCAACACCAAAGCCAACGUACGAAGCAACUGCAAUUGGAAUUGCAACAAAAGUAUCAUAAAGCACAAAAACAACGUCAACAGCAAGAGCAACUGUUGACACAACAAAAGCCACAUCAAACGAGAUAUCGCUGCGAGGGCAGCAUAAUGAGACAACAACCGCUACCGCUAAGGGAUCCCAAAGUAUUUGUGGAAGCAAACACUGAAGACGUGUCUUACAACUCCAAAGCGGACGAUGAGCAUACGCUCUAUAUAUCGGAUAGUUUCGGACGUGUGGUGCAUGAGAUCCCAUUUCGGGAAUGCGAUUAUAUGGAUGCUUUACAAGUGGUGCUGGGUGAUCAGCGUUGGAAGAUUAAGAAAGCAUGGAGUGAACGCUCCAACUGAGUACCGUUUUCUUACACAAAAAUUUCUUUGUGCUAUUUAUACAAUAUGUUUUUUUUUUUCUAUAAGCAUCUUGUUCGGUCUCUUAAAUUAUGUCCUGUUUUGUGUGUUGCCUUUUGCGAGUACUGGUCUUGAAUAAGUUUCGGUAGUAAUAAAUGAUGAAAGUUCAAUUAGUUA